UGGGGACGGAACAAAAUGGAGACGGAACAAAGGGGAGGCGUCCACAUUACGUCUCACGUUUACCUCACGUUGAACCCUGCCGUGUAGAUCCAAGAAGCAGGUAACGGAAAAAUGUCCCUCACCCAAGUAACAUCCAACAAAUGCAGCGGUGGCUACCAGAAAGUGUUCGAGCAUGACAGCACUGAGCUGAAGUGUAAAAUGAAGUUUGCCAUCUACCUGCCCCCUAAGGCUGAGAAUGGGAAGUGUCCUGUCUUCUACUGGCUCUCAGGUUUGACGUGCACAGAGCAGAACUUCAUCACCAAGGCUGGCAGUCAGCAGGCAGCAUCAGAGCACGGCCUCAUAAUUGUAGCGCCGGACACCAGCCCACGUGGUUGUAACAUUGAGGGCGAAGAUGAGAGCUGGGACUUUGGCACUGGAGCUGGUUUCUAUGUAAACGCCACACAGGAACCCUGGAAGACCAACUACCGCAUGUAUGCCUAUGUCACUGAGGAGCUGCCUAGUUUGAUCAACGCCAACUUCCCAGCUGACCCAGAGAAGAUGUCGAUCUCUGGUCACUCGAUGGGGGGACACGGAGCCCUCAUCUGCGCCCUAAAGAACCCUGGAAAAUACAAGGCUGUGUCCGCCUUCGCCCCCAUCUGUAACCCCAUGCAGUGUGCCUGGGGGCAGAAAGCCUUCACUGGGUACCUGGGUGAAGACAAGAAAGACUGGGAGUCUUAUGAUGCCACCGUGCUGGCGGGCUCCUAUUGUGGGCCCCAGCUGGACAUCCUGAUCGACCAGGGCCGUGAUGACCAGUUCCUGUCAGCCAGCCAGCUGCUUCCUGACAACCUGAUUGCCGCCUGCUCUGAAAAGAAGAUUCCUGUGGUGUUCAGGCUUCAGCCGGGCUAUGACCACAGCUACUACUUCAUCUACUCCUUUAUCAACGACCACAUCAAGCACCAUGCCAAGUUCCUCAAUGCUUAAAAGCAUGACUGCUAGACCAGAACCCAACCAGGCUUUGUCCUCUGUGCCUUCUACUGUGCAGUCCCAUCUACCCUAUACAGAGAAAUAAAGCCUGAUGACCUGAAGUGAACCAGCUGAGCUGAAAGGAACUGACCUGCUAUGUUAAAUAGUGGGAUUAGUGAUGUUAAAGGGGAGUUUGCUUGCCAAAUCACAUGCUAAUGCAAACUACUUUUUUGAAAAUAAAAGUUCACUUAUUACUUUUCA